UGUAACGAUACGUGUAGCAGAAGUUAAUUGUGGUUUUUGUAAGGUAUAGAAAAUUAUUGAAAAGAAAGAUUGAAUCAACAUGAAACUUAAAUUUCAUAGAAAAAUAUCGAAACGUUAAAUGAAUAAUUAUGAUUUCGAUUCUUUCCAUUAUAUCUUCUAAAGGAGAUAUAUUAAUUUGGGAAAAAUAUAGAAGAGAUGUUCCAAAGGAUAAACUCAAUCAUUUUACAUAUAUUCUCUUGAAAUCACCUGUUGGAUCACUUCCUCCUACUUUAGAAGAUGAUGGAAUAUACUGUUAUUACAUUAAAAAAGACAAGCUUUAUUUUAUGAUGAUUACUAAAACUAAAAUGUUUGAAUUGACAGCUGUGGAAUUCUUAGAUAAAUUUUAUUGUCUGCUAGGAGACUUUUGUGGACUGAUAACAGAAGACACGGUUUGCAAGAAUCAAGCUUUAAUUUUUGAACUGAUGACUGAAAUAAUUGAUUUUGGUCAUAUUCAAACUACUAGCCUUAAUCAGUUACGGCAUUUUAUCUACAGUGAUCCAGUUGUAAUAAGAAAAUCAUUGGAAAGAAACAUUGCAAGAAAAUCUGGCCCAUUUGGACUAGAACAAAUUUCUACUAGUAGUAAUGCAUCCAAUAGACCAUUAGUGAAGUCAAGAUCUCAUCAAGUAAAUAGUUCUUUUUCUUAUCUUAAAUUAUAGUAAAUAAUACAGUAGAGCAUCGAUUAUCCGACUCA